CAAAACUACGCGGGACGAUGGCGGAUGUGGAAGAACUUAUCGUUUUCAGCAAGAACUUCAAGCUCGCAAACGACGAAGAUAGCAAGGGAAAAGAAAAUACAGUGCAAGACGUAAGACUCUUUCAUGAUUCUUUGAAUUUGCACAUUCCUGUAGUGAACAAGAAAGCAAGCGAUUCUGAAAAUUCUGUCAGAGAUAAGUUGCAGACUGGAAAAACAGGAAGUGAAGGUGACAAUACUAAAAAGGACCAUCUUUUAGACUAUAAUGGAGACAUUGAACCUCCUCAAGAAGAUAUAUUUCAGCCUCAAGCUCAAGUAAAGAAAAAGAAACGAAAAAAGAAAAGAGCCAGUGACAGUGUCUGUGAAAGUUUUUAUGAUGUAUACAAGGUACUGGAUGAUGUUUUAGGCCAAGGUGCCCAUACAACAGUGAAGAGUUGCGUCAAGCUCACUACAAAUCAGGAGUAUGCUGUCAAGAUUAUUGAGAAGUCUCCAAAAGUUGACAGAAAGCGUGUGCUUAAUGAAAUAGAGUUGCUCUACCAGUGCCGUGGACAAAAGAAUAUAGUAGACUGCAUUGAAUAUUUUGAAGACAGUCACAAGUUUUAUAUGAUAUUUGAAAAGAUGAGAGGAGGGCCACUUCUGAAACAUAUUGAAAAGAAGAAAGCUUUUACUGAGAAAGAGGCCAGCCUUGUUGUAAAAGAUAUUGUAUCAGCCCUGGAUUUUCUCCACAAAAAAGGCAUAGCUCACCGAGAUUUGAAGCCAGAAAAUAUACUGUGUGCUUAUGAAAAUCAGAUAUCCCCUGUCAAGAUUUGUGACUUUGACCUUGCAAGUGGACUUGAUGGACUCAGUGCUGCAGUGACAACACCAGAACUUCAGACGCCAGUUGGCUCAGCUGAAUAUAUGGCACCUGAAGUAGUGGAUGCUUUCAAAACUCAUGCUACAACAUAUGACAAAAGAUGUGAUUUGUGGAGCCUUGGAGUAAUUCUAUACAUUAUGUUGUCUGGGCACCCUCCCUUUUAUGGCAAAUGUGGUACAGACUGUGGAUGGGAAAAAGGUGAAAACUGCAAAUCAUGUCAGGUUAGCAUUUCACAUGCAUUAUACAGACUUCCCAAGACAGAGGUUCUCUUGUUUUUGAAAUUUAUUUUCCACUUCCUGUUCAAGGAAUGGCAGAGCAUUUCAUCAGAAGCCAAAGAUCUCAUCUCCCACCUGCUAGUGCGGGAUGCAACAAAAAGAUACACAACUGACAUGAUACUUGAACAUACCUGGAUCAAAGAGGCAAGCAACACCCCUUUACCGACCCCCACUCUGUUGACAAGGAAUAUGAACACCCUCAGUCUACAGGAGUUUGCAGCUGAAGCAGUAGCCAUGAACAGGAUUUUUUCAGAGGCAUCUGCUAUUGAUGAGCCUGGUGCACACAAUGACGAGUUCCAAAACAACAUAAAACCAAGAUUAUUUGGACUUUCACCCCCAUCCAACUCCGUUUUGGCCAGGCGACGAGCUGCAUCGUUGAAAUCACAUUCACCAAAUCCAAUGAACAGAGAUGUAGAAAAAAGUGUAUCAUAACAGAUGAGACCCUGUUCUUUGCCAAGUCAUCUCUAAGAAAUUAUGUGGCAUUCUUCUUUCUUUGUAAAGUACAUUGGCAAACUGGAACAUAGAAACAUUCCAAAAGGGAACAAGGAUGUUCAAGGACAGAGAAGCUUAAUAUAGAUUGCAUAUGACAAUCUUUAAAAAUUUUACAAUAGGCAAGGCUUUUCAAGUUAAAACCAUGUCGUACAUAUCAGUUGUUAUCCUGCCUGGUAAAUUCAUUUAUGGAUAUAAAAGUUUUUGCUUAGAAGUUUAUAUCAAUCCUUAAACAUCCUCAUCUCCUUUAUUCUUAAAGGCUAUUCUCCAGUUGGGGUGUUAUACAUAUUUUUACUCUGCCAAAUUCUUGUAGUUUCCUUAUUGUGAAAGGUUAUUUUGUUAGUGGCAGACCGACAAUUCAGGUGACUUAUGAAGAUGUAGCUCUUUCAUCAUUGUUCAGUACAGAUCAUCAGUCAUAAGAAUUGUAGAAUUAGACACUCCCACACUUUCCGUGCAUUAGAAACUUUGCUGGUCCCUUCCCCCCCUUCCACAAUUAGUAAAGUUUGGCAAGCUUACAGCAAGCCUAGAGGGGGGGGGGGAGGGGGAAGAAGCAAACAAAAUGUGUUCAGGGAAGUGUGAUUAUAGACUAUCCAGGUAGGUACAUGUCAGUGUAAUUGUAACCAUUACUUGUCAACCAAAGUUGACCACUGGAUUGAGGUACCAUUCAAAUGGCUGUACAUCCAAAUGUCAACAUUUAAAGGUUGUAUCGUCUGUCUUAUUGCAAUUGAAAUUUCAAUGAAUGUCUUUGUUCAUUCAUCUUAAUUUUUGCAACAUUGGUGUACAUUUUGUCAAUUUAUUGGACAUGUUCUGGUAUUGUAUUUAUUUUAUGGUUCUUUUGCCAUUUGUACAAUAUUUUUUGAUAGAAAUAUUCAGUCAGAUUUUUAUAUUACAGUAUUUUACUUGUCACAUUUUGGAAGUCUACCUGUAAACAAAAGGAAAUAAAUAAAUAAGAUGAGAAUACCAA